AUGGCUGCAAUACCGACGCCAGGAGGACCUCAACCAGAGAUGUGCUGGCUCACAUGGCCGUGUGCUUGGUCUAGACUGGGUGUGAGAGACUGUGAUUGCUCCAAGAGUGAUCUCUGCUGUUAUCAUCCGGAAGGUGAUGUUUGUCAUCAAUCAGAUAAUGAUAAUGAGGCCAUUGAACAAAUCGAUGAAGAUAUAGCCGUGACUCAGAGUCAGAUGAACUUUAUUUGUCCCAUUACACAGGUGAAAAUGAAGAGGCCAGUUCGAAACAAAGUCUGUGGACAUACUUAUGAAGAAGAUGCCAUUCUAAAAAUUAUCCAGACUCGAAAGCAGCAAAAGAAAAAAGUCCGAUGCCCUAAAAUUGGCUGUAGCCAUGCUGAUGUAAAAGGAUCAGAUCUUGUGCCAGAUGAAGCACUUAAAAGAGCGAUUGACAGUAAGAAUAAACAAAGCUGGUCAACACUGGAGAAUUCAGCUGGAUAUGCUGCUGCCACAGAGAAAAUUUGUUGUUAGAGGUCUUGUGAGAUAAGCUGCUGAUUGUAAGUAGGUUGUGUAACUGAUUGUUAUUUAAAGUGUUUCAUUUAUAGGCAAAGUUGAAGGUCUCAGCUGUAACUGAAAGCAUUUUUUUAACUGCCAAAUAUGAGGAAUUCCAGUUGAACUUGUUUGGCUUUUUUUUAACCUGCCUGAAAUUCUAAAAUCUUGCAUUUGAUAAAUAAAACAUGUUUUGCAGCAUUUAACCUUCCU